AUGGCUCGUUCUAUCCAGCCUUAUAUUAAUUGGGACAACAAGGUGCAGCCGCUGGACCGGUCUGCCCUUCCUGAGCCCCCAGCUCCAGUACUUGACAAGAGUCUUGCAGCUAAAGUACACGGUGCUUCCUGUCACCCUUGGGGGGUGAUUGAUCACCACCUAUAUCUAGCGGCCAUUGAACGAGGCCGAGAUUCCUCAACCAGACUCAAUAGUUGUACACUUCACGAAGGCGAGAGAUUCCAACAGGUUGAUCUCGAUGACCUCCUUGAUACUCACACAGAUAAUCACCUGAUUACAUUCAUUAAUAUGCCUUUAUUACCCUUAUCCACAUUGUGCCCAUUGACCGAACAGAAACUCGUCCUGGGAUUCGAUCUCCAGCGCCAAAAUCUCCAGGGAUAUUUCUUCGAAUCCGCCCCUGAUGACCUUACUGAUCUAUGCUACGUGUGGCACGAACGCCAACUCGUAAUUGACAUCCCCAUCAACCGGUUCCUAGAGAUGUAUCAAUAUGCAGUGGAAAACUCCGAGAUCUGCGGAGACGGAAUGUUUCGAUAUUUCCGAGAAAGCAAGCGUGAACUUCCCACUGGCAUGGACUUGGUCGUGACAAUCCAAUUCGCACAGUUCCUCAAUGACUUCGUCGAACUAUGGGAAUCGGAUGCAGAAUUCCAAACCCACGCAGACUCCGAAGAGCAUCUUCGGACUCUUUUAUUCAAGGCCUCGUAUGAAUCCUGGUUUGCAGUGCGGGAUGGACUAACACGUCAACAGUUCCGAGAAAAGAAACUGAAAAACCAAUUGGCUUGUGAUUUGUUAUUUGACCGGGCUUCCGUGCCAAGCAUCCCUCCGGUCCGAAGCUUGGCGUUGAGUCCGAGGACACCCGUUCUUCAGAUGGUGGUAUCGGAACACUUGAGGAAUAUACAGAGACAGAUGUUUCAGGUAUUCAUUGCGUUGAUUUAUUUGUUUGCUUUGAUUCCCAAGUCAAUCUUCAUGGGUUGA